UUUCAGACGAUCGUGAUCUGGAAUAUUAUCUCGUGUCCGUUUUUUUUUUGGUUUUAAAGAUGUCUAAUUUGUAUGGAGAUUACAACCAAAAGAUCGAUUACGUGUUUAAAGUCGUCUUGAUCGGUGACUCCGCGGUCGGAAAAACACAGCUGCUUGCUCGGUUCGCUAGGAAUGAGUUUAGUGUCGAUUCUAAAGCCACCAUCGGUGUUGAGUUCCAGACUAAAACGCUCGUUAUCGAUAACAAAACCGUCAAAGCUCAGAUUUGGGAUACUGCUGGCCAAGAAAGGUACCGGGCGGUGACAAGCGCAUACUACCGUGGAGCUGUUGGGGCAAUGUUGGUCUACGACAUGACCAAACGUCAAUCAUUUGAUCACAUGGCUAAAUGGCUAGAAGAGUUAAGAGGGCACGCGGACAAAAACAUAGUGAUUAUGCUAAUCGGAAACAAAUGUGAUCUCGGAAGCCUUAGAGCAGUGCCAACAGAAGACGCACAAGAGUUUGCACAAAGAGAAAAUUUGUUCUUCAUGGAAACCUCCGCUCUCGAAGCUACCAAUGUUGAAACUGCGUUUUUGACCAUCUUAACAGAGAUUUAUCGUAUAAUCAGCAAGAAAUCACUGACGGCUGAUGAUGAUGACGCCGAUGGGAACUCGAGUCUCUUGAAGGGGACUAGGAUUAUUAUUCCGAGCGAGGAAGAGAGUGGGAAGAGAGGUGGAUGUUGCGGCAAAACGUAACAAAACGUAACUCCAAAAGCAAAGGACAAAAGAUUGUAUUCUUUUUUUGUUUGGUUUUUGUUGUGUCUUUUCGUUGUUUUUUGUUCAUGUUAGGCCAUUUGUUCUUGAAACGAAACAAUAAGCCAAGGUUUACUAGAGAAAGAAGAGUUAUGACUUAUGAGGGUGAAACCAAGAGCCCCACUUUCUUACAUACCACUAUGAUCAAGGAGACCAACAUUUUGAUAUUGUGAUUGUGUUUUAACUUUUAGAAAAAAAUGAGACUAUGUGAAUAUUUUCUUGUUUCAUUAUCUAUGGGGUUGUUAUUAGGCACAAACUAGUGAAACAUUAGUUUUUAUAUAAUUUUCAAAAUUAAUAUACACUAGACGUUAAGUUAAUGCCAUCCAAGCCAACAUUAGAUAUGGUACAUUAUGAGCCAACUUUUCAUUUUUCAAGUGUUCGAUCAUAACUUUAGUUGUGCAUCUAGGAUGAAUGCAUUAUUGUGACUCUGAUUAUUAUACUGGGUAUGUUACAAAUUAGGUUGACGCAGUGGGCCAGUGCCCAAUGUACGGGGUCAAACUAUUAAAUAGAGAAUCAAAAGUAGUUCUGACAUAGUUUCCUGUACAACCUCUCUUCUUCUUUUAUUGCCCUCGAAUUUGCAGCGCAGAAUAUUACAAAUGACUCUUGAUGAAGCCACAGAGCGGAUGAGAACUGUUCUUUUCACCACAUUUCUGCUGCACGAUGAUGAGUUUCACAGGAGUGGAAAGAGUUAAACGAGAACACAACUUCUUUGUAACAUAAAGGGACGUGGUAUUUGUGUAAAUGAUUUACUCGUGUUGUAUCAUUUGUUUUGAUUUUAGGAAUAAGAUUCGUUUGGCUAUCGAAAGUGGUGGGCUCUACUAAUACUUAUUUGUCUGCCCAUUGUAUUACUUGUAUUAUUGUUUUUGUCUCGAUUCACAACAAAGACUGUCGCACACUCAUUGGAUUCCGUUGUCAUGUCAUAAUCAUUAGAUGUUUAACACGUUUUUCUCGUUCUUUGCGAAUAAUGUCAUGUAAUUUGUAUUAAUCUUGGGGUAAAGAUACAUUCUUAUAGGUUAUAUACUGUUUUUUGACCCAAAAAAAGAGAGGCUAUAUACUGUUUAAAUACUUAUCGUUUGCAUUGCAUGUACAUGAAAUGAUUGCAGCAUGGCAAUUCACAUGAUU